CCCCCCGAAGUACGCGAUAGGCGCCGUCAGCGGCUGCUGAAAUGCCUCGGCGAUAACAUAUGGCACGACUAUCCGUUCGAUAAGUUUGUCAAAUCGUUGGGUGUGAAAGAGCAGUAUAAUCGGCUCAUUAAGGAUUGGCCUGAUCUCUUCCUCGACAUAGCUAGGGGGUCGCCAGUGGCUGAUAGCAAAGGCAUCGUAGCCAAUACAGGUCGCUCGGAAGCCAGACUCAGGGGUUUGCCCUUUACUGACGUUUUCAUAUCUUACCCGAAGUUGAUGGGGUUGACUAAGGAAGCUCGUUUGGUCGAAUAUUUUAUCUUCCUCUUUGAAGCGAUGAUCGAUGUGGUUGGUGUCGCAAAUGAAGAUAUUCCAGCAGGCAGAACUCCAAUCCCAGACUGCAGGGUUAGUCUGAAGGACCAUCAGAGUGAUGCUAUACUAGGCACUCCGCACAAGCCAGAUAUCGCGUUUUAUCACAACUACAAGAGACGUGACAUUCAUUCCGUCCAUGCUAUACUCGAGGCCAAGAUGGAUCCAAACCCCAUUAGAACCCCAGAGGAUACUCGUGGCCAGCUCGCAGAUUACGGCCAUGUGCUUAAUGAUCAGCAGGCAACCCGCACGUUUGCGCCUGUCUUCUACCUCCAUGGGCACAUCCUGACGCUUCACGCAUAUUAUCGUGACAAUCUGUAUAUUAUCGAGCUGGGCGAGCUAUGCUUUGAUACGAAUUAUUGGACGUCUGAUGGAGCUAAAAGAAUUCAGGAAUGCCUCAUGCAGUUCUGGUUCCUGCUGACUCUUGAGUCGAACAUUUUCGGGCAUUUCUGCGAUGUCUCAAAGAAACCUGACUCUUUCUUUUUUUCGCAGAAAGUCAAUGUGGAGAGCAAGGGCGAUUCGAAGAUCGAAGUCUUAUACUCAGCUUCCAAGGAUGUCAAGGAUGUCAAGGAUGUCAAGGAUGGCGCUGCUCUGUUUUGUAUCAAGGAGACAAUAGCGCGUUAUUCAUACAUGAUUGGGCGCCAUGUCCAUUUAUUCAGGGGGACUUGCAAAGGUCGUGAUGCUGUGCUGAAGCUUUCCUGGACCCCAGUCAAUCGUUUGCCCGAGGGUGCCG